ACAAAGCUUCCCGUCGCACCUACACAAACAAGUAGAACGGACACUUUACUUGGUGUUCUGACCAUCUCUUCCUGUUUACCAAACCGACUAGCGUAGCUCUAUACUCAAGUCCUGAACUACAAGCACCCAUGUCACUUUGAAGUACUAGGUGGGUCACAUAUGACAAGAAAGAGUUUAAAGUCAAGUAAUUGAAAGUAUUCAAUAACUACAUUUACUCCACGAAAAACUUAUUACACAUGUUAUGACCUGACUGACGGUGGUAUCAACCGUGAUUUUGUCCUGAAGAAAAUGGAAGACAAAGAGCCUCUGCUUUCCAAAAGUAAAAGCUUUGAAGAUGAAGAGGAAGACCAAGUUGUAAAGACACAUUCAUUUCAGACUUUUUUCAAUAUAUUUAACGCCAAUAUGGGUACAGGAAUCCUUGCUAUGCCAUACGUAAUACGUCUCACAGGAUACUGGGGCGUUAUAAUGAUCAUCUUGAUUGGAAUUCUCGGAAACUACACUGGCAAAAUCCUCAUAAAAUGCCUUCACGAGAAUACCCCCGAAGGAUGCUUCGAAAAGCGUAGCUAUGCUGAUUUAGGAGAAGCGUUUUGGCCACGAUAUGGGAAGCAGAUGGUACACAUAGUGAAUUUCGUUGAACAAUUCUCCCAUUGCAUCUUGUUUCUUAUCAUGUGUGGCACGGUGAUGCAUCACACAUUCCCGGAUAGUGGGAUUUCUGAGAGUGUUUGGAUAACUCUUAUUUCUCUUGCUGUUCUCCCAGUUGCUUAUGUGCGCACCAUGAGACACAUCUCAUACAUCAGUCUCUUGACUGUGAUCGUUGCCAUGGGGUCCUCUACAUGUGUGCUUGGCUACAGCCUGUACCACCACAAGCAAUGGCAAGCCCACAACUUCCCAGCAUUCAAUUUCAGGCAUAUUUGCAUUGCAAUGGGAAUCAUUACAGUCACAUACUCCUCGACUGCCUAUCUUCCAGCAAUCGAAACGUCCAUGCGAUACCCGGCUGAAUUUAACGCAAUGAUGAAUUUCACCUAUACCCUGGUUACUAUAAUCAAGUACAACUAUGGAAUUCUGGUUUUCUUUUGCUUCGGGAAGCACACAGAACAGAUCAUGACACUCAGCCUUCCGCACAGUCCGUUCCGUGUUUUUCUUUCCAUCGCUGUCAUUACCACCGCUCUCCUCUUCUAUGUGGUACCGAUGUUCACCCUCUACCAUAUCUUCGAGAACGAGCUCGAUAUACCGUUGCUGAGAAAACUAGGCAAUGAGCCUCUAAAAUGCUGCAAGGUUUGCACCCCCAAGCUUGUAUCCAGGGUUGUCAUCAUAAUUGCCUCAAUAAUCGUCGCUAUAUUUGUGCCUCAUUUUGGUCUUCUGAUGUCUUUCGUGGGUGGACUAACAGGAACAUGUCUAGUGUAUGUCUUCCCGUGUAUUUUUCAUAUAAAACUCCAUCACAAGACACUUCCAUGGUAUCACAUUAUGCUCGAUACAUGUAUAAUCCUGAUCGGAAUAUUCGGAUGUGCUUGUGGAGUGGCGUACUCUGCUAUACAAAUCGCCAAAGAAUAUGACUUCUAUAAAAUGUGGGGAAUAGAACCUGAUACAGAUUAACAAUUGGAAUAGGUAUUGUUCCUAGAUUCAUUAUGACACUGGGUAAUUAUGACACUGUAAAUAGGUGUAGAGGGAUUAUCAAGGGCGGUUAAGAUAUUGGUAUUUUUAUGUUUCCUUUGGUGAAUAUUGAAAACCAUUCCAGGUGGUAUUCUGUCAAUUUUAGGUUUCUACUCCUGACAAAGCAAAACAUUUUUAUUUAGUUAAUCGGAUGUUCAGAGUCUAUUUUGCUAGCCGGCACAUAAAGAAUUACUUAAGGGGAGUACUUAAGAUGAGUUCUUCAUGUUGGAUGUACAAUUGAGCUACGCUCUAGUUUAUAUUUAGACUUCUGUGAAGACCGUCUGUGAAGUGUAUUUAUAAAGUCCUUUGACAACAACCAAUUGAACGUUAGAGCAAAUUGGGUCAGUAAUGCGUUAUUUGCAUAACUUAACAAUUUAUUAUACUUGUUGGUCGGCAAGUAUAAUGCUUCUACUAAAAGGUGAAAAGAUCGAUGGCAUAAGAAAGAUGAAUCGUAAGCUCUCUGUAAACGAAGGUUUCUCUGAAUUGUUUAAAAUGAAGGAACAACGUCAAAGAAAGGUUAUUGUAACACGUUUUUUGUCUUAGCUGUUUAGUGAAGUAAUUCAUCGCAUUUAUGAAGGUAUUUCCGCAGGCGUUGUGGCUGCAGGUGCAAAGGCUCGAAGAAGUCUUCGCUAAUUCUAUAGAAGAAAUUAUGAUGCUACUUAUAAUAACAUCCAAGCUAAGGGUAGCGAUCGCAUGACAAUGAACAACUAAUCCGAUGAAUUAUAUCAAGCUUCACUCGGCUUUAUAACCUGGAUUAUUCAUUCCAUUUUAAAGGGGGGAAAUAAUAAAGCAGAUUGUGAAAAACUCA